AUGGUCCUCUCGGUUGCAAAUAAAGCGGAGAUGGCUAAUAAGAUGGGUCUCGCUCCCAUGCUUUCAGUGGCGAUGCUCCUUGGAACCUUGGCGGCAUUUCCUGCAGCGGUACACUCCAUCGGCGUGUGCUACGGCGUGAACGGCAGCAACCUACCCCGGGCGAGCGACGUCGUGCAGCUCUACAUAUCCAAGGGGAUCGACUCCAUGCGCAUCUACUUCCCGGACGCCGACACCCUCAAAGCACUCAGCGGCACGGGCAUCGGCGUCAUCAUGGACGUGGCCGGCGAAGACCUCGCGCGCUUAGCCUCCAGCCCCUCCGCCGCGGCAGGUUGGGUCAGGGACAACGUCCAGGCCUACCCGGGCGUUUCCUUCCGCUACAUCGCCGUCGGCAACGAGGUUCAGGGCAGCGGCACGGCGAGCAUCCUCCCCGCCAUGCGGAACGUCAACAGCGCGCUGACAGCGGCCGGCCUCGGCAGCAUCAAGGUCUCCACGUCGGUCAGGUUCGACGUGAUCGCCAACUCGUUCCCUCCCUCCGACGGCGUGUUCAGGGACUCCUACAUGACCCCCAUCGCCGGCUUCUUGGCCGCCACCGGCGCGCCGCUGCUGGCCAACGUGUACCCCUACUUCGCCUACAAAGACGACCAGCAAAGCGGACAGAACAACAUCCCUCUCAACUACGCCACCUUCCAGCCAGGCACGACGGUGACGGACGCCGGGAACGGGCUGACCUACACGUGCCUGUUCGACGCGAUGGUCGACUCAAUCUACGCCGCGCUGGAGAAGGCCCGCACACCAGGCGUCGGCGUCGUUGUGUCCGAGAGCGGGUGGCCGUCGGCCGGGGGGGCUGUUGGGGCCAGCGCCCGCAACGCGCAGGCGUACAACCAGGGCCUGAUCAACCAUGUCCGUGGCGGCACACCUAGGAAGCCUAGGGCGUUGGAGACAUACAUAUUUGCCAUGUUCAACGAGGACAGGAAGCCCGGGGAUGAGGUCGAGAAGCACUUUGGGCUGUUCAACCCUGACAAGUCGCCGUCGUACGGCAUUAGUUUCUAAGGGAACAGAUUGAGAUAUUCAUACGUGGAAUAAUUUGCUCGUGUGAAAUGCCACGCUUGGGAGGCAAGCAUAAGUUGUGCGGUGCCCACCUGUUCCUAUUUGUGAUAGUCUGCCAGACCGGUAGUUGAAUCAAUAUAUGUAACCAAACAUGGAAGAACACCAUAUAUAAGAGAUUCAAAUAUAAUGAUAGCACAAACACAUGAUAUCGUGGCCUUCAAGGGAGUUGAUUAUGCACGCUCCUCCCUAAUCCAAGAUAGU